AUGGUGCGGCACAGUCGACGAGGUGUUCUCGCCAUUUUCCUCGGCAUCAUUGUAGGCUGCGCGGUGACUUUCGUGGCCCCACCACAGAUUCUGGCGGAGUCGCACAAGGCCGUGGCACUGCACUCCUCCGAGAAGCAUGGAGAAGAGGCGAGUGCCUCACAGGCUUCGAGCCGUCUGGUUGCGGCCGCUGCCAUUGCAGGCGUGCUGGCCACCCAGGCCCGUACAACUCGCCGUGCGUCUGAGACCGCAUCCAAAGCGGAGACCGGCCAGGAGGUUUCCGUGGAGGAGGUUUCAGUGGGUGUAGAUGGCACGGGCACGGCUGUAGCGCGAGAUUGGUCGCAGACAGCAAUCCGCCGCAUGUGGACCCGGGCAGAUUCGUGGCACGUCCAUGCAAUCUCCGGUGCCAUCCACACACUUAUUGGUUUCGUAUAUCUCGUAGACGUUAUCAUUGGCGACCUGGUUCGUCUCAACGGCGGAGACUGGACAGACCAUGUGUCUUUUGAGUGGGUGUUGAUCUCGAUGGUUUUUGGGGCAGUCAAUGCCGUCUCUGGGCUUCAGCCAACGCUUCUGCCGCAACCGACCAAGAACGUGGCUCAACUGCUCGGCUUUGGCGAGGAUGGCAACCUUCAGGCUGCAGGCUUCGUCAACACUGCAGGCUUCUAUUUCUUCUUGACCUAUCAGUACGCGAUCAGCCUGAGCCAAAGUUGUAACAUGUGGCACCGCAUGCAUUGCAGGAGCUUGCGCGUUCUGCCUGAGUAUCCGGCUUGGCUCCAGCCCCUUGAUCCCAUCCUGUCCGCAACCGCCUUUGUCUCGAUCUUUCACGCAAUCUUUUUGAUCAACAGUUGGGUCUCCCGCGGAAAGAUGAGCCAAGCCCUCGCGAUCGGAAUCAGCGCGCCGCUGCUGCUCAAUGUUCCCGUGUCAUUGCAUCUGACGCUGCAAGGUCAGUGGUGGGUUCAGGAGCUUUCGCGAGCCUAUCCUGGCUGGCCAGAUGUCUUCUUUUCCUCGAACUAUGCUCUGGCGUGGGCAGGCUCCAUGGUGACCUUGGUCCUCUCCCUGUACGAGCGGAAGGUCUGCGACCUCACCCAGCGAGCCCUGAUGACUGUAUUCCUGGGCGUAAUCUGCUUCACCGUCAUUCCUCUGCGGGCAAAGCUGCUUGUGCCGCAAUGGUUUGGAGACGACUGGCCAGUCAUGUUGACGCUGAACCCUCCGUCUGCCUGA